AUGGACUCCAAGCAGCUGGCGGACCAUAAAUUAACGCCUGUGCGAUCUGACCAACCCGAGGUUGAAGAAGGCACCGUCACCGUCAAUACAUCCGGCCACACGCAAGAACUUGAACGCAACUUCAGCAUACUCAGCUGCUGCGCUGUAGGAAUUGUAACGGGCAAUACAUGGUGUGCCCUCGGUGGUAGUAUCGUCGUAGCUCUCUACAACGGAGGACCUACCGGCGUACUUUUCGAAUUCCUCGUCGUCAGCGUGUUCUACUGGAUGGUCGGUGCCUGUAUAGCAGAAUUGGCAUCCAGUAUGCCAUCCUCUGCGGGCGUCUACCAUUGGGCAACAGCAACAUCGUCGCCAAAAUACUCGAAGUUCGUUGGCUUUCUAGCUGGAUGGUGGAAUGUACUUGCGUGGAUAUUCGGUUCGGCCUCGAUGUCGUCAAUCCUGGCAAAUGAGGUCCUAGCCAUGUGGGGGCUGUUCCAUCCAGAAUAUGUUGCUGAGCGAUGGCACGUCUUCGUCUGCUACAUCAUCAUCUCUUGGUCGUGUUGCGGUGUCGUGCUGUUCGCAAACAGAGCUUUGCCAAUGAUCAACAACAUCGGACUGUUCCUCUGCUUGGGAGGUUGCUUCAUCACCAUUCUUGUAUGUGCCAUAAUGCCUACCGCGACCGGCGCGGGUCACGCUAGUACAGCAGCCGUCUGGUCUUCUUGGUCAAAUGAUACUGGCUACAAGUCCAAUGGCCUUGUCUUCGUCACGGGAAUGCUCAAUGGUGCUUUCUCAGUGGGCACUCCAGACUGUGUGUCGCAUCUCGCAGAAGAGAUUCCUCGCGCAUCUCGAAACGUGCCCAAGGCAAUCGCUGCGCAGAUGGGCGUCGGGUUCCUUACUGGUUUCGCAUACUUGAUCGCCAUCUUCUACAGCAUCAACGACAUUGAUGCUUUGAUUAACAACCCUUAUACCAAUCCCUUGGCCGAGCUUUACAGACAAGCUACUGGAUCGAGAGCUGGAUCUUGUGGCUUACUGAUCGUCGUCUUCCUGCCUACAGUAGUCAAUUGCAUUGGCACAUAUAUCACAUGCGGACGCAUGCUUUGGACACUUUCGCGUGAUCGUGCUACUCCCUUCUCAGACACACUUGGUAAAAUAUCGCCUUGUUGGGGCAACCCAUUUGCUGCUACCGUUGCCUGUCUUAUCGUCACGACGGUACUCGGUCUGAUCUAUAUCGGCAGCGCGGUUGCAUUCAACGCCUUUGUCGGAUCGUUCAUCAUUCUCUCGUCGGCCUCGUACCUGGCCGCCAUCCUCCCUCAUCUGCUGAGCAAACGCAAGAAUGUCGAAUUUGGACCAUUCAGGAUGCCAGACAAGGUUGCUGCGAUCCUCAUGCCAAUUGCAUGUGCCUACAUCGCAUGCUUCAUUGUCAUCUUCUGCUUCCCUUUUUCGAUGCCUGUGUCGGCCGAGACGAUGAACUACUCAUCUGCUAUCACUGGUGGUCUCACCCUUAUCAUUGCCUUGUUUUACCCGUGGCAAUGCAAAAAUGGGUUCCGGAGCCCUAUCGAGGUUGUCAGGUCGAACUCUGCGGCCAAUGUUGUCAAAGACAACCGGGAGUGA